CGCUAGAUCAACGAGCGCGGCCUUCAAGUUAUGGGUGAUCGGCCUGCAGGUUGGGCUUACGAGACAGUGUUAUGGUGUUUAAUCUAUGCAUUUUAAUAUGUAGUUGCUCAUUGUUUUCCAAGGUUUCUGUUUUAUUGUUAAGUUAUGUAACUUCAACUUGCACAAGACAAAUCUUUUGCUGUGAUCUUCUAUCUAUGUAGGUCAACAGUUGCCAGUGCCCGUCCGGAUACCUCUGUCCAGUAUUCGUGCACAGACAAGGCCUCUCGGAAAUAUUGUCCCUGCCAACGUAAGUGAUAUAUUUUAAGGAAAUGAGGUUCCGUCAACCUUUGUUUUUGUACCGUCUGUAAGGAGCCAGCAUUCUCAGUAGGUAGUUUUUCCGACGUCCCUUAGCUCUCACUUCACAAUCCUUUUAUAGACAAACACUGGGAUUGUUUUGAAGACAUAAGGGGGAUCCUGACUACUAAUUUAUAUGCAGAUCAGUGUCGUCUUUACAUUUGAUGGUCACAUUAAGUGGUACCUAUUAUGUGUUGUCCCAUCUAGCACUAACUAUUCUAUUCAUAGAUUUUUAUACAUACGGAACCGUGUUGCUGACCGUUGGCACUUCCUGGAAAUGGUCCCGGAAAUUCUGUCUCGCGACCACACAUUACCAAAUUUCUUAGUCGAUAACCUAAAGUCCCUCGACCACCCAUGGUUAACCAGGUGUACUUGCUUCCUAAAUCUGGGAUAACUAAUAAUGUCCUUCCAAGUGCUCCGAGUGUGAUGCAAGUUAGGAGUUUGGCGGUUGGACAAACUGUACUCCAACCAAACGGUGUACUUGCUACCACUCCUGUUAUGCCAAGAGUUGUCACAUCUCAGUCGGGUUCCUCAACUAAAUUGGUGGGAUUUUUUAACCAAUUGUUAGAACUAUCAAAGAAUGUCUCAGCUAGCACUCAUAGCUCAGUAGCAACGCUAAUUCAAGCAUUAGUGAAUGGAGAACUUGAUGCCAGUUCGUUCAGUGCACAACUACGUAGCAAUCUUAAAAGUGCCAAUCCUGGUAUGGACCUCGCCCCAUUCAUAAAGGACAACAUAGAUUUACUUAGGAGAGAUCUAGCUAAUGGUGUCUGUCGUCUCCCAAACAUACAACCUCCCCCAAAAGAUAUCUUCACAGGUGUACCCACUGCAGUCCCUGUUUCGAUCGUAACAACAUUACCUACCGUAGGUCUUCAGCCCCGUCCUAAUGCUGGGGUAUCUACAACACUAGUUUCUUCAACAGUGCCCGUUGGCCCUCGCAUUACUCUACCGACGAAUACAACUCCUCGCAUAGUAGGCACACUCAUGUCAUCAGUUUCGUCACCAGUUAUUCCAACUAGUCCUGUUACUGUUCCAACACUCCGAACACAACCCCCACUAUUGGCUCCUGCUCCUCCCCGGACAUGUAUUACGUCUGUCGUAAACUUUGAUGCAGCUUCAGGUUCUAACACCGGUACGAAAUAUCGUUUGGCUCAAUCUUUUAGUGGUGUUUCAUCUUCAACGUCUGUCGUAUCUAAUGCAACCGCCGCAACAGUGGUUUCGACACGUUUCACAUCGACUAUUAACGGUACGCGUCCGAACUACCAAAAUUUGCGACCAAUUAUUGCUUCGUCCACUUCCACAGCAUUGGGUAUCAACUUAGCGUCGAUAAAAUCAGUUGCUGGUGUUUCUGCAUCCGUACCCCCUGUAAUUCGUGCUAAAUCUGGAUAUGCUAACACUUAUUCUCCUGGAAUUCUACCCGCUGUUCACAACAAAAUAGGCUCCAAUGUCCUAUCCUUGAAUGGAUCUACGGUAUUAAUAGAAGGUGUGGACCGAAAACAGAAUGACCUCUCGUUUUUGAGCGACGAUAUUCGUCACCCCGCUAUGUCACCUACACGUGACAACCCAUUUUUCCCAUCAGAAAAAGUUAAGGAAAUAUUAGAAACUCAUGGCAUAAAAACACUAACAGAAGAAUCUAUCGCGUGUCUCGCACACGGUUUGCAAAUAUUCAUCAAAAAUAUUUUAUCAAAGUUGAGGAUUGUAGUAUCACAUCGACUCGAUCGUUUAGGAGAGGAUUCUCGUUUGGUUCAAACAGAUCACACGCGUGAACAGUUGAGGUUUCUUCAGAAGUUGGAUGAGCAUGACCGAAUGAGGCAAUCGGAGUUAGAAAAGGAUCUAAUUUUGAAGGCUGCAAAAUCGCGUUCUCGAAAUGAAGAUCCUCAUCAAAUGCAGAUGAGGGAAAUGGCUCGACGGAUAGCGUCUGAAGAUUAUGAACGUGAAAAGCAACAUCAAGCCAAUCUUACAGCUCUUCACGCUAUCGGCCCACAACGCAAGCGUCGUCUAGAUACUUUAGAUGAAAUGGGCAACUCCAUUUCAACAGAUAUUUUGGGAGCCUCUCUUCCAACAAGAGAUGGUGUGACAAAUUUGGUGAGUGCCCUACCUGCUGCUACUGCUAAUCGCCUUUCUAUUGUCAGUGCCAGUCGACUAGGUUUGGUAACAUCAGGACCAAAUCUAACGCAACUCAAUUUAGAAGCUUUGCCGGCAAAUUCAAACUCAUUGGUCUCCGGUGUCGGUGGGACUGGUGAUAACAUGCCAAAUACAUCUGGAUUUUCAUUAGCACUCAGUCUCAGGGCACAUCGAGCAACUCUCAGAGAUAUGCAGGUCAUACUUUCUCGUACACCGAGGCUUCGUCGUACACGUACUUACUAUAGGACGUAUUGGCGCUCUCAGCCUUAAGAGUCUUUUCUUUGUUUCUUAUUUUUAUUUUUGCAUAGACUUGAUUUCUGAUUGUAAUAUGAUUUAAUUAUUAGUUGGCUAAUUUUCCUAAAACGUUCCCAACCUAACUUGUAUCAUAAAAUCUUUGUACAUUAUGACUUUUCGCAGUAGCCUACUUCGCUAGGCAUCUGGGGUUCUAUGUAUAUAUAUUUACACACACACCGUAAUAUUGUAUGAAAUGUGAUGUUAGUUCCAGAUUCUUUUUCUCUACUAAAUGUGAGAUUUCUUGUAUUUUUUCAUAACGCAUGUAUAUUUACCAAUUCCACGUAUACUUCGUUCGCUGUACAUAAUUUUCGACUAUCCUAUUCAGAAAAUAAUAAACCUGUUAUUUCUUUAGUA